UCAAUCAAUUAGCCGAUCAUCUAGUGAAGAUUAGUCGAUCAAUGGGAGGUAGCAAUGGAUGUGGUACUGCGAUCCGGUGGUCCUCCAUGGCUACUAGCUGAGACUUUAUUUUUCUGGUCUUGAUUUGAACAUCUUUGUGAUUCAAUAGAGAAGGAACGAGAAWAUGAUUAUAUAUACGAAAUGAUAAAUAAAGGAAUUACUGAACGAUUGUAGGUUGAUACCCCUUAACUAAAGUAAAAACGGAAAAUGUAUAGCUAAUUACAUCAACAGUGCUACUGUGUUUUGAUCAACCUUUUCAGCSAAUCAGUGCGCGUGUUCAAUUUGAAUUAUUACUCGUAUCAAAAUAUGGAACAGAAUCCCUGUGUUUUCAUGCGACAGACCACGUAGGCUUUUCGUGAGCUACAAAGUUUUAAAAAUCGAUGUAAUUAUUAAGUCCCUUGAUGUGGUAAAAGAAAUAUUUCGGUUAAGUUUGUGAUGUCUGCGUUCCCUUUGUAUCCAAUCAAUUAAGCCAUAAGUCAAUUAGCUUAAUUUAGCCUCAUUUUCAUGCAUCUAAACAGACUUCCUUGGUGUGGGUAUUUUUGMACCAAAAAGCUCACGCAGGCUUAGCUUAAAGGCACUUUUUUAUCGAUAUUUCUCAAGCUUGUGCUGAAUGUAUCCAUAUUGAACUCRUGYUUCGUUUACAAGAUGGAAAUGAUGAAAACGUAGUUGUUUUACAUAUUACAUUAAUCAAACGUGAUACAUUGUGAUUCAUAAAAAAACCUGUUUUGGAUUCUGUGGUUUGGAAGUGGCUUAAACAUGCUCCAUACUUCAAUGAUUGCGUCCUCCGUGGAUGAAGAMCAGCGACAUAGAGGUGAUAUGGGGGCCAAUUUAGGGAUAUACUCGCCUCGUCAACAAAUAACGUUGCAGCCUCGAAUAGCUGUUGAUAAGAACCCGAACAUCGGUAGAAAAUAUGGCUCGAAAUCCGUAGGAUUCUAUGAUGAAAAUGAAAUCUCUGACUCAAGAAGAGAAAGCGACCCACUUAUACGAAAGGACAAGGACAGUUYUAAAGACAUUUAUAAUGAUAGCGUUACACACGACACAAAUARAAACUUCAAAACACGGAGAAGUCGGCGGGUCACGCUCAACGUGUCGGGCUUCAAGUACCAAACAUAUACAGAGACCUUGCACAAAUUUCCMGAAACACUUCUCGGAAAUCCACAGAAAAGACAAGAUUACUACGACCCUGAGUUGCGCGAAUAUUUCUUCGAUCGAAAUAAGCAAGUAUUUGAAAUUAUUCUUUAUUUUUAUCAGUCAAAUGGAAGGCUUGUUUGCCCUCCAGAUUUGGCACCUGAAAUUCUUCUGGAAGAAGUUGAAUUUUUUGAACUGGGAGAAACAGCUAUUAGCGCCGUAAGAGAAUUGCUUACUGAUGAAGAACCUGAGGAUCCACCUCGAGAUCUUCCAAAGAAUAAACUCCAAAGACAAACAUGGAACCUUUUUGAGUAUCCCGAUUCGAGCAGAGGGGCCCGUUUUCUGGCCCUUUUUUCYGUAUCAAUUAUCGUAGCAUCCAUUAUAAUUUUAUGCGCAGAGACCCUUCCAAAUUUUCAUGUCAUCACAGAUUCGGAGAUGAAGAAUGUUAACGACACAGCAGAAAGGGAACAAGUGCGAAAACACAAUGAAAUCGCGAGAACAGGGAAACAGUGGUUCAGCAACAUGGAGGCUGGAUUUAUUGCGUGGUUCACUUUYGAAUAUCUUGUUCGGUUCUUUUCAAGCCCGAAAAAACUAUCGUUUGCUCGAUCUUUCUUGAAUGUGAUCGAUAUCUUGGCUAUUGUCCCUUUUUAUAUCGAUCUUCUUCUUAACUCUUUUGUAAAAGACAGUGAGAAGCUGUCGCUGGCAUUUCUUCGAAUCCUUCGUCUAGUUCGUGUUUUCCGAAUAUUUAAGCUAUCCCGACAUUCAAGCGGGCUCCAAAUACUAGGUUUGACCCUUAAAAAAAGCCUUCGGGAGCUUGGACUGUUAGUUUUCUUUCUUAUCAUUGGCGUUGUGAUAUUCUCCAGUAUGGCUUACUACGCCGAGGCUGGRGAGCCUGGGACUCACCUUGGACGCAGUAUCCCGGCAACCUUUUGGUGGGCAUUAGUUACCAUGACGACCGUUGGGUAUGGUGACCUGUACCCCAAGACAUUAUGGGGUAAAUUAGUUGGAUCUUGUUGUGCAUUGUGUGGUGUYCUGGCUAUUGCGUUACCUGUYCCUGUUAUUGUAUCCAACUUCGAUGCUAUUUAUAAGAAACAUAGAAGUCGAAAAAUAAAGCAAGCUGGAAUCGAUGARGAAUCUGAGGACACCCGAAAAAUUAGUAUAAUGGUCUCWUCAGCCUCGACUUCUUCAUUCAAUGAAGAGGAUUCGCCAACUUUUAAGAGGGCCAAUGAACUGGAUAUKUUAGAAAACAAGACUGACAAACCGUUGAGCAAUGGAAAGUUCAAGAAGUCAAAUGGKGAUCCUAAAACKGGUCCUGUUGAACCUGAAUUGGAAUUGAUUCCUAUGGACAUGCCCAAUUGCAACUCUGUCAGACCUAUAGGUGUCGAAACKGCCCUGUGACGASUUGAAUYCGAAUGUCUACCAAGCGAUAAGUAACUUAAAUAAUAUAAAACAGCAAUAUGAUGCUUAUACUUGACUAUCUCUAAACUACAACCCAUGCAAAAUGGAAUAGCUAGGCCGUUCACUUGUCGUUUAUAAUGCCUACAGCAAGAGGUCGAAAUGGGAGUGGGUAGKGGGGGUGCACACCCCUCUUCCCCAAUUUUCUCUCUCCGAUGAUGAAAUUUGAUCUAGUUUACCCAGUUUUGAUGUUGUGUAUCUUGUUGUUUUUAAUGUUAACUUAUAAACUAUUACCAAAGACAAAUUCUUAUUUUUUUAUGUUUCGAAAGAAUUUUUUUUCUUUUUUUUAAUUUUAAUUUUAAAAAUGUCAACCAACGAAUCUUAAGUCUAAAAUUAGUUCUCUUCAUAGAGUGUUCCUGUAUCACAUAGGCCUUAAAAAACUGCCAAGUCAUGGCUUCAGGUUCCGCUGUGCUCAAACUCGUAUKCGAAUUAUAUAUACCAAGGCUAUUUGAUUUUGCAUCGGUUUGUAGCGAUCUAAUAAGUGCCCUCCAAGCAUGUCCUUUUCCAUCCUUGGAAAAACCGACACUAAGAACCUUGUGAAAAAUUCGAAAGGGUUGAACAUCUUUUCCAAUGUCCAGAUUCCACUGUGAAAGGAGCCGGGGUCGUCUAUCCGUGAACGUAACCAAAAAAAUAGCGAGUAGGGGCAACUCGCUGAAAGUCAAUGCUGGUUAAACGCAAGUUAUUAGGUCUGCAAAGAGGGCUAAUUCUAUUCUUGAUACAAAUAUAAAUGCAAAUUCGCUAGUAUUAACCGUUAGCUCUGGAGUCAAGUUCCAUAAGAAUGAUCCGUGGCAUCACUAAGUUUCCGCUCUGCCCCUCACCCCCCUCCCCUUCCGUUUUCCCCCUUCCCCCUCCACUAGAGCUGCCACGCAGGCUACUAAGCGACGGAAGAGCGUAUUCAGCAAGACAAAAGACGUUCUUUUUAUGUAAUGUUCGUGUUGCCAACUGAUAAUCUUUAGGAAACUUGGUCCCAGACUUCACGAUAUGAUAUGGUAGUUUAAGGCUGGCUCAUAUAAGAAUCAUUAUACAAUCACAUAUUACUGAUAUCGGGGAUAUACUUGUGAAUGAAUAUGUCACAUAUUGAAAGAAUAGAAAAUCUGACAGUAACAACGAUUCUUUCACUCGUAACGUUGUUUCAGCGAAGUGCAUCAUGGUAUUGAUAAAAGUUUYAAAAUGGCGGUUGUCUUAAAAAGAACCAAGUUUCUUAGCGAAAUAAUGUAUAGGAUGUCGAAAAUGCUUUGGUAAAAACUAGAUAAGAUGCCAGUCCACUAGAGUAUAUACUAAAAGAUCUGUUUGGUGAAUACGUAAUGCUUGUUGUUGGUAAGACAACCCGAAACACAAAGGAARCUACUUUUGUCAUUCCCAUAGUGCAUCAGUCGCUGACGUUAUAUAGGGGAAAGGAACAAUGUGCUCUGAAUAUUCCACGGUUCACAAAAACAUAAAUUAUAAAAUUAUCCCCGAUAUCAUCGGUGAAUUACUGGUAGGUUCUAUAGUAGUUGUCCACAAAUAUGAAGUUUACCUUUUCAAAAGGGAAACUGGAAAGCUAAUCGUGGACAGUAUUCCAUUUUACUGUUCUCAGCGCCAUCUUGAAAAUCAGCCGAGAAAACUUUUAUUCACAGGUACGACAACUGUUCACCAGGUACCUAUCAUAGCUGAACCGCUGUUUCGUGCGAUACGUAGGCUCGGCUGGCUUUCAAGAUGGCGCUGGGAAAUGUGCAUGGAGCAUUGGCAAUUUUUGCAUUCUGUUGUCGAUAUGACUUUGGUAUAGAUGCUACUAGCGCCAAAAAAUCUAUCAACAAGUAAUUAACUCGUCUGAGGUUAGAUUAGAGACUCGAACUAUACAAUAGCAAAUUAAGAACCUUUCUUAAUAUAAUUUUAAUGAUGCAAAAGUUGAGGUAUACAUAAGCUCGGUGAAGUCCUUAGUUUUAACAACAGUAAAUAUUAUUAAAAUCAA